AUGGAAGAAGGCAUGCAGCCGGUUGCAGUGAUCCCCACCAAGGGGCCCCACAGCCGCCGCCCGCACGCGCCACCCCCCAAACCCUCGUCGCAAGUUUACCCUGCUGAUGCCGAGGGUUUACACGACCGUGGCGUCAGCACACCCCAAGGCAGCAACCGCUUCGAUAACAACGGGAAAGCCCCUCCUUCUGCUCCAGCUUCUGUACAUACACCCAAAACACAGCAACUAACGCCUCCUCUCUCACCUGGGAUGUCGCCCCACUCGCCGCCUCCCGCCCCUAUCCCGCCGACUCCUUCUGCUGGUACUUCUCCGCCUGCAGCAGUUCCUGCAGCAGCAGCAGAGGACGAAGCUGCAGCAGCAGAAGCAGCCGCAGCAGCAGCAGCAGCAGCAGAAGGUACACCUGUUGUUGAUGAAGCAGCUUUGCACACGCUUCCUUCUGGGGAGGUGCAACGGCGUGCACCCGUUAAUCCAUUUCAUUCUCCUUUGUUAGCAAAAGUAGGAAUUGGUAAAAACAGAAAAAGAAGAAGAAAAGUUAAAGAUCCAAAACUCCUUAACAACCCACUGAGAGGAAGACUCGUCGUCUGCAUCAGCACAACCGCCCUCCUCAUUUGGCUUUUCAUCUGGGAGUUGUUGUAUAACUAUACGAGUUUCAACGGCCGCUGCGUCAGCUCUGUGCAGUACCCCGACUAUAAAAUUGAUAAUGUUGACGAUAGGGCCCCGAUGGUGAUUCGUUAUGGUUACGGUGCUUGUGAAUAUAAUUUGGGGUCUCUUGCAUAUCCUCGUGUUGCAGUAGGAAGCCGAGCUAGCGACAAGGGGUACCCAACGGACUUGGUUAAGAACGGAGCCAGUGGUUCUUCUUCGGCUUCAUGGGAUUCACCAAACAGCAGAAUUCUUUCGGUUUUCGGUGGCUUAGAAACAAAUUAUAUCCGAAAUUAUGACCCCUGUAAUAUCACCGUCGGGUCUUCAGGGGCGAUGUACAGUCUUAUGGGGGCAUUGAUACCUUACUGCGUUGAAUACUGGAAGACCAUCCCUCGUCCCUGCUGCAUUUUGAUUUUCUUCAUUAUUGUUUUGGUAAGGGAGAGGACAAGCAGCAGCAGCAGCAGCAGCAGUAGUAGUAGUAGUAUGAGCAGCAGCAGCAAUAGCGGCGGUAGCAGCGGAAACAGCAAGGAGGAAGCCAUGCGUCGUCGUCGCGCUGAUGCGAUGAGGAAGAAGAAGGCGGGGGGGGCCCGAGGCAAAGCCAUCCGAGCUGUGAAAAUGCAGGUUGCUGAGCAGGGCCGACCACCAUGCAAAAUGGCCUUCAGGGAGUGGGUUGUUAGACUUGCCUGUCUAACAGCACUGACAGAAACAGAACAAACACAAGCAGAAACAGAGACAGAAACAGCAGCAGCAGCAGCAGCAGUAGCAGUAGUAGUCGAAGCGGUGGCAGCAGCAGUUAAAGCCGCAGCAGCAGCAGCUGCUGCUUCUUGA